AUGACUAGCAACAACCAGAGCACCACCUUGAACCACCAGCACCUGCAUUCGCCCUCCAAACUCACCGAAUUCGCCCGCAACUUCGAGGACAAGCCGGAGACGCUCUUCGGCCGGGUAGUGAACAAGAUCCAGAAUGUCUAUAACCAGAGCUACAACACCGUCAAUGACAUAUCCAGCGGGAGCAGCAGCAGUGCCUCCUCGCAGUCCGUGCAAGCGGUUGGCAAGUCGCAGUUCUUCAGUGAGACCCAGACGCCCGCUCCUGAGGUCGUCGAUGUGGAGACUGCAAGCGUGAGCUCGGUCCGCCCGCAGCCACCAACCACGCUCAGCAUAAGGACCAAUAGUGAGUCACGAAGCACGGGCACCUCUAGCAACACCGCCGCCGAGGAUUCGGAGGCCAGUGAGCGCGUCGAGGCGCUGCCGAUGCCGAUCAGCGAAGCGAAUCAGGGGCGCACCGUUUCCAAUGUGCUCAAGCACAUCAGCAAUAUUGUGGCUACAAAAAACAAUAAUGAUCUGCGUAACUAUAAGGACACAGAGCUGCAGCGCUUCUGGAUGCCCGAUUCGAAGGCCAAGGAGUGCUACGACUGCUCCCAGAAGUUCUCCACCUUCCGGCGAAAGCACCACUGUCGGCUAUGUGGCCAGAUCUUCUGCUCCAAGUGCUGCAACCAGGUGGUGCCCGGCAUGAUCAUCCGCUGCGAUGGUGACCUCAAGGUGUGCAACUACUGCUCCAAGAUAGUGCUGACCUUCCUGAAAUCCUCUAGCUCUGAGAUGGGCCAGGACCUGCAGGCACUGCAGCAGCACUUGAGUAACAAACUGGAGGUCCAAGACAGUGGCACGCCGCAUGCGAAGCAUCCGGAGCAGCAAAGGGCACCGCUUUCCCGGAAGACAUCCGUUGGCUACCAGGAGGAGCGAUUUAGUUCGCAUCCUACGUACACCACCCUUUCCAUUGACGAUCGCAAGAACAUUCUGCAGCAGUCAAACUCUUUGAUUACGCUGCACGAGGAGAUGCAGCGGGACCUGCCCGCCCAAAACUGUGGCCAGCGUCUGAUCGAGUUCCUCAACAGCAAUAACAAGUCAGCAAACGAGGUACAGGCAGUGGCCAUACUGAAUGCAAUGCUGGCUGCUGGGUUCCUUGAGCCCAUCGUUCCGGAUCCCGAGCAGAUGGAGUUUGAUCCAACGCUGCACUACAAGUUCUCCAAAAGCAGUAGCUCGGAUACAUCCCGUACGAUCAGUCCGCAGUUUGAAGCAGCUCCCCAUGCGGAGCCACAGCCACCCAAAUCAAUGGAUCAAUCAGCUGAAGAAAAGGAAAAGGAGCUGGAAAACGAACUUGAGAACGAUCGGUGCUUUACCACAGCCACUUCCAAGCUUCUCGGAUCCUACUGCGAGCACGAAGAGCAGCUGCUGGCGCAAAUGUUGCGCGCCCAUAACCUGGACCAGGAAUGGGACAAGGUGCUCCAGAUGCUCUGCUCCACAGCAGCCAAUCACUUCAAGCCGGAGCACUGCACGAACGAUCUGAUGGACAUUCGCAACUAUGUGAACUUUAAGAAGGUGCCGGGUGGCAGACGCAAGGACUCGAAGAUUGUUCAUGGGGUAGCCUUCUCUAAGAACGUGGCUCACAAGGACAUGGCCACAAGUGUUGAAUUUCCCCGCAUCCUGCUGCUACAGUGUCCUAUCGUCUAUGAGCGUAUUGAGGGCAAAUUCGUGACUAUAGAGACGGUGCUGCUGCAGGAGAAAGAGUAUUUGCGCAAUGUCUGUGCCCGCAUCAUGAGCUUCACACCCAACGUUGUGCUCGUCCACAAGAAUGUGGCAGGCAUUGCUCAGGAUCUUCUCAGAUCCUAUGGAGUAACCCUCGUCUUGGAUGUGAAACUCUCAGUGAUGGAACGUCUGUCACGUACUUUGCAGUGCGACAUCGUCAGUUCCAUCGAGUCGAAUAUAACCAUGCCCAAGCUGGGCUACUGCAAUGAGUUUUACAUACGCAACUACAAUGGAAAGACGCUUAUGUUCUUCGAAAAGCUAACUAAUCCCCGGGGAUACACCUGUCUUCUGCGGGGAGGAAGCAAUGCGGAACUCACAAGGGUCAAGCGUGUGGCUUCGGCGCUGCUUUUCGCCCGCUACAACUGGCGUUUGGAGAUGUCUUUCUUGCUGAAUGAGUUCGCCCAGCCGCUUAGUCCCAAGCCUUCGAUUUUCGACUCUAAGGAAACCAGUCCCAAAACGGAAACAGAGGCGGAACUUCGGGCUAAACGGCCUGCUAUUUUAGAGCGCAAAUCGGAGGAUAAGAUAACCACCAUUAUCAGCGAGAAUGUGCCUGAUUUUACGGAUCCACUGCGUGCGAGCCAAUCCGAGGCCUUGUCCACUUUACCAUGUGCCUUACCAGUGGUGGAGGCCCUGGCCGUGGAACAGCGUUACGAUAAUAGAUUCCGCACAGCACUCAGCUCCACGGUGCUCUCUGUCAGCCCCUUCCUCACAUUCCCACUUCCUUAUUUGGAGACCGAGCAGGGUCGAAAAUGCAAGCUGCGCAAGCUGUUUCCGGCCGAGCUGUACUUCUCCAAGCAAUGGUCACGUACGGGAUUGGAAAGGCCAGAUAGCACGGGAGACACCGAAGCGGCCAAAUCGGAGCCGGGCAACAAAGAGAACCAGCUGCAGUUGCUUCCGGCUCAUGAUUUUGUGCAGAUGAAGAUCACGGCGCCUGCAAGCAGUCGCGACAUUCAGUCUAAGCUGGCCGAAUUCCGGUCCUUCGGAGGUCGCUUACCCAAGGGCAAGGCUCCCAUGCUUCGGCCGAAGAAAAAGAACGCGGAGGUCAUUCAGCGGCCGCAAAAGGUCAGCGAGGAGCAGCUGUACAAGGAUGCCCUGGAUCCGCAGAACCACCAGCGGCUUCCGGUGCUCUUCUGCAGUUUCCACUACAAUCCAAAGGGCGUGUCCUCCUUCUGUAAGCUUCCCAUGCUUCUGGACAUGAAGUUUUACGGCCAGUAUGAUAUCAUGCUAGAGCAAUUCCUCCAGCGUUACUGUUGUCUCUUCAACUCGAUGUGCCCAUCCUGCAAUCUGCCGAUGCUGGGUCAUGUGCGUCGGUAUGUCCACUCGCUGGGUUGCGUCCAUGUUUACCUAACCGAGGACUUAACCCGUUCCGACCCGAAGCGUAUAUACUUCACCUCUUGGUGCAGUAUAUGCAAUGCCACCACUCCCACGAUUCCGCUCGCCGAUUCCGCAAAGUGCCUAUCGCUGGCCAAAUACCUGGAGAUGCGUUUCCAUGGCCACGCCUACAAACGACGGCCUCUCCUGGCGGACGCAGAGCAGGGCGGCAGUCCAUGCGAGCACUCCUUGCAUCGUGAUUAUGUGCACCACUUUAGCUUCCGCGGAGUGGGCGCCAAGUUUCAGUAUACGCCUGUUGAGGUCUGGGAAACGGAUCUCCCUUCGCUGACUUUGCAGCUGGAUCUUCCGAAACCCUUUCCCAGCUCCCAAGCCCAGGAGGAGAUCAAGAACUUCUCGGUGCGGGGUCACGAGGUGUACAACAGGAUUCACGAGCGUAUUGCUGACCUCGCCACCGAGGAGGAGAACUCGCCGCUGGUGCAGCAACUGAAGACCAUGCUCACCCACGACCAGUUCAUCUUCAAGCAAAAGAUCGAGAUCGUGCACACGCUGCUCACGGAUAACAGGGCCACCGCCUUUGAUACCUGCGAUGCCUUGGCCAUGGCGCGGAGAGCUCUGGCCGAGAGCAUCGAGCUGUGGGGUCCGCGGUUGCAGGAGAUCGAGAAGCUGACUGCCAAGCAGGCGCAUCACAUCGACUCCGGGACCAUCUGCACGGAGGAACUGAGGCCGGAGCAGGUCCAGUCGGUGGACUCCUCCAAAGCUGCCAGCUCUAAUUUGUCAAAGGAUAGUGAAGCCUUGGAGUGUCCAAGCGAAGACACCGAAACCAUUGCAUCCAGCAGUCAAUCGAUUUUGGACAAGAAAUUCUCUAUUGACCAGCUCCUGGCCUCCACCGUGAAUGGGUAUUCGGAUAAGAAGUCGAUCAAGAAGAUUCUCACCCAGCUUUUGCCCUCGGCCAAUCAGGUUAAUCCGCUGCAGUCCCCUUUUCCCGCGCAGGAUCACCUUACGCUGCCAUUGGGUAGCAUUCCCAUUCACGUUCGAGAAACAGAUCUGAGUUCCGUGAUUGCUUAUAGUCUGACCUCUGCGGACUAUCAAAGGGCAAUAGAUGAGGUGGAGGCCAACUCCUCUGCAUCCCAUUCAAGUCCCCAGCUGAAGCGGAAGAUUCCGCUGGGGGAGAGCCAAAGUGAUGCCGAGGACAGUCCGAGCCUAUCGCGCACUUCGAGCAACACCAGUGCCGCCAACAAUGCGCCUGUUCCUCCUCCAGCUGCCGCUCCUCCGGCUGCCGAACCCGAGGAGAAGAGCAAGGAGCGCACCAAGCAGCCGCCGAGUGCACAUAUCACACUGGCGUUCCAGGACGGCAGUUGCCAGUUCCAGUGCAAGAUAUAUUUUGCCCGAGAGUUCGAUGCAAUGCGGUCCAAGAACUUGAAGCCGCCAAAGCUGGACAAGUCCCUGUACCGCCGGCUGGAAAGGAGCAAGAUGCGCGAGGAGCUAAGAAUCUCACAGAGUCGCACCGGGUCCGAAAUGGAGCUGGUGCGCAAGCCCAGCGACGUUGGAGGUCCUCGGAACGCCGAGGAGGAGUCGAAUCUUGAAGAGGACGCUAGGAUAGCUCUAGCGCGAAGCCUUUGCAAAAGCGUCCAGUGGGAGGCGAGGGGCGGCAAAUCGGGAUCCCGCUUUUGCAAGACGCUGGAUGAUCGCUUCGUGCUCAAGGAAAUGAACUCCAAGGACAUGACCAUCUUUGAGCCAUUUGCUCCGAAAUAUUUUGAAUACAUCGAGAGGUGCCAGCAGCAGCAGCUGCCCACUCUGCUGGCCAAGAUCUUUGGCGUCUUUAAAGUCAGCGUGAAAAAGAAGGACUCCUUUGUGGAACGUUCGGUGAUGGUCAUGGAGAAUCUGUUUUACGGCUGCGAAAUCGAGAACAAGUUCGAUUUGAAGGGCUCAGAGAGAAAUCGAUUGGUGGAUCCCAGCAACCAGCAAGGAGAAAUUGUCCUGCUGGAUGAGAAUCUAGUGCAGAUGUCCUGGUCGAAGCCUUUGUAUGUUCUGUCCCACAGCAAAACAGUCCUUAGGGAUGCCAUACAGCGAGAUUCCUCCUUCCUGGAGAAGAAUCUCGUCAUGGACUACUCACUUUUGGUGGGUUUGGACAAGAAAAACAGCGUUCUGGUUUUGGGAAUAAUAGAUUACAUUCGCACCUUCACCCUGGAUAAACGAGUGGAAUCAAUUAUCAAGGGAUCGGGCAUCCUGGGCGGCAAGGGCAAGGAUCCCACGGUAGUCAAUCCGGAGCGCUACAAGCAACGCUUCAUCGACGCCAUGGAUCGCUACUUCCUCACAGUUCCGGAUCGGUGGGAGGGCCUCUCCAAGGUCUGAUCCCCGACACCACCCACACAAAGUGCACACACUAGUUAACAUAGCUGUAGACGCAAUAAAGUGGACGCCAAUCCAACUCAAUCCGA